AAAACAAUUUCUUAUUUUAAUAGAUAGAAUGUAUAAGUAUAUCUGAUAUUAAAUAGUAGCUGAAAAUAUCAUAAAACAUCAUGAUUGGAAAGGCCGAGUUGGCGGUGAUUAUGGUAUUGCUUGGGUGCUGCAGUAAUGUGGUUUUCCUGGAGUUAUUAAUUCAAGAAGCGCCUGGCAUUGGAAAUCUUGUCACAUUUACUCAAUUUCUUAUAAUUGCCAUAGAGGGAUUUGUGUUCACCAUGAAGUGGGGAACAGUUCCUCUGAAAGUUCCAUUCAAUGCUUGGUUUACUUUAGUAAUCAUGUACUUUCUUGUUAGUGUUACGAACAACUACGCGUUAAACUUCAAUAUCCCUAUGCCGCUGCACAUGAUAUUCAGAGCUGGUUCCCUUCUUGCAAAUAUGAUCAUGGGAUUUGUUCUUCUAGGUAAACGGUAUACCUGGAGUAAAUACAGUUCAGUUCUGAUGAUCAGUUUAGGGAUUGGAACAUGUACUAUCAUGUCCACGCAGAAUAAUAAAACUAAUAUAUCAGAAGGAGAUGACUGGGAUAAUUGGUGGUUAACUAUAGGAAUAUCUCUACUAACAUUUGCUCUUUUUAUGUCGGCUAGGAUGGGCAUAUAUCAGGAGGUAAUUUACGCUAAACAUGGGAAGCAUCCUAAGGAAGCGAUGUUUUUUCUGCACGCCUUACCAUUGCCAGGAUUUCUUCUGCUUGCACCUGAUAUAUACAAACAUGCUGCGAUAACAAUCAAUUCAACUCCAUUCAUUCUGCCAUUUAUUAAUAUUCAGAUGCCUAGUAUGCUGUUGUAUCUGAUAGGAAAUAUAAUUACACAGUACUUGUGUAUCUCAGCUGUCUUUGUUUUAACUACAGAGUGUGCUAGUUUAACAGUUACCCUGGUUGUUACUUUAAGAAAAUUUCUGUCGCUUCUCUUCUCUAUCUGGUACUUUCAGAACCCCUUCACUACGUUGCACUGGGUAGGAACUGGUCUUGUGUUCGGUGGAACUAUUCUCUUCUCAGGGAACCAUCUUUAUUUUUUAUAAAUCUCUUCGCUCAUU